UGGUGUUAUUAGCUGAAACAGAAACUGCACCUGAGCCAGCAGAGGGCAUCUCUGUGCUCCAGGGCAGCAGAGGAGGCCGACAUGUCACGAGGAGAGGCAGAAAAGAGCCGGACACUGGCAGAGGCUCGGGCAUUGGAGAGUAGGCAAGAAAGAGAGGUGGCACUGGCUGAGAAAUCUCGACUCGGUGAAGACCUGCAGCACCUCAGUAAAGAGCACACCAAUGUGCAGCUGCUAUUGGCCCAGACUGAGAAGAAUUACUUUGAGACCAAGCUGAAGCUGGAGAGGAUCUCCGGAGAGAAGCAGUUUCUGCUGGAGGAGAACAAGGGUUUAGAGGAAGAGAGAAACACACUAAGGCACAGGCUGAAGGAGCUGACGGAAGAGAACGCGAAAAUCAAAGAAAAGGAGGUGAGCUGGAGGCGCAGGGCUGCAGUGGCUGAGGACCAGAGCGAGAGAGCCAGUAAGGCACAGGAGCAGGCCGAGCAGGAGCGCAGGUUGGCAGAGAGAGAGAAGGAGGAGCGCAUCAGCGAGUGUCUCAGCUGGAGGGAGAAACACCAAGCCCUAGCAGAUAUCUUCAGAGCCCAGGAGGAUCUCAAAUCUCAGAGGCAGAACAAAGCAUGUCAAGCCAACAUAAAAAACUACUUCUUGUGUAUGACUGAAAGUGAUCAGAGGGUUAAGAUCCUGAAGAACCAUGAUGGAACUCCAAGGAACUUCACGGAAGGAGAGCCCGUGUACAUUUCAGCAACUGAAGCUGGCAGUGAAGAUUCAGACAGAAGAACAGGAAGAACUAUGCUCAGGGUUGCUGCCCCCAGGGGAAGAGACUCUGGACCAGCUCACUUCAGUGAACUGUCACCAAUGGGAGGAGACGCUCCUGACCCCAACCCUUUGAGGAGAAGUCGGAAGCUGGUUGAAUACUUCUGGAUCCCCACCGAUGAAGAAUAAUCACAGAGAAGCCGGUUAUUUACCUUAAGAGACUUUGAAGCAGAGCAGUGCUAUGUAAAAGAUAUAUAAAAACAUUCACCCAUCAGUGAAUCUAUCAUUUUAUAGCACAUCAAAGUUUUUUUUUCUGACCUGUAGGGCAUUAUACUUAUUAAAGAAUCUAAUCUGUGGUUGAGGUUUUAAUUUUAAGCUCUUUAAUUCUCAGACCAAACAAUAUAACUGCAGAAUAUCACACAUGCAGUCUUCAAUACACAAAA